UUUUUCCUUUUUAUUGGAUAUUUCACGUCCCAUUCGGCUACCGAAGCAAUUCCCGGAGAGAAAAAUAAAGGGAGAGAGAAAGGGUUUUAAAAUUUUGGCAGCUACAGUGAGAGCUUUUCAUAUCAGUAAUCAUCUUUUGGGAGCCAUUAGAAAGAAAGAGAAAAAAACAGAACAACCUCUGCUUCUACUUCUUUUAAUUUGUCUCCUCUUCAUUUCUCAUUUCACCUCCUUCAUGCUCAAUCCAUUUGACACUCAUCAAAUCCUUCAGAAAACAGCCCUUUGAGACUCUGAGAAGAAAACACAGUUUUCUAUUUCACAAUGGUGACUGGUUGGAGAAGAGCGUUUUGUACAUCCAUUCCUAAAGAGCGAGAAACCACUGUAUUCACAGAGAAGCAGCAGCAACAACAACAACGUUCCAAAAACAAUACUGCCACCACCGCCCCCAGUACCCAUAGCCCAAGAAUAAGCUCCAAGUUUGGAUUUUUCUCCAAUCCAUCAACACCCCGUUUAAAAUCUCAGUCUGUAUCGAGCCCAAGUCUCCGGUGCCGGACAACCACGGCUACGACUCCUACAUCGUCGGUACCCAACAGCCCAAAGUUCCAAUGCAAAACUGCAACCACAAAAAAAUGCAUCAGCCCAAGAUUAUUCAACUCAUCCAAUCCCUCCUCUCCGAAUUCCCCCUCCAGCUUCUCUCUUCUCAAAGCCAGCCUCCGUCUCUCCAGAAGUAGAUGCGGAAUCUGCUUGCAGAGCGUGAAAAGUGCUCAAGGAGCAGCUAUCUUCACAGCGGAAUGCAGCCAUGUGUUCCACUUCCCUUGCGUAGCUGCACACGUGAAGAAGCAGAAGCUCCUUACGUGCCCUGUUUGUCGCGCCACCUGGAAAGAACUACCUUUGCUCUCUGUCCACCACAAACCAGAAAUAAAGAAAGCAGACGAAAAGCUCAAAGAGCUUUCAAAAAUCAGGAACUUGAGAAUCUACAACGACGAUGAGCCUCUCAUGUCUCCUUCUCCCGGUUCGCUCUUCAAUCCUAUACCUGAAUUGGAAGAAAACGACGUCGAAGAUGAUGAUGAGAACGCAACUCAAGAGUUUCAAGGCUUUCUUGUCAAUCCAACUCCAGUCAAAGUUAGUAAUCCCUUCAAGGUGAAUGCUAAAAGUGUGGAGGUCAGUUUGUUGCCGGAGUCUGCGUUGCUCACAGUUGGGAAGAGUUCCCAGACGCAAGUUGUUAUACUUAAGGUGAAAGCCCCACCGUCUCCAGCGGCACGCCGACCACCCAUUGAUUUGGUGACGGUUCUCGACGUGAGUGAGAUGAUGCGCGGGGUAAAUUCACAAAUGAUGAAACGGGUGAUGCGCCGUCUAAUAUCUUCAUUGAAUUCCACUGAUCGGUUGUCGAUUGUGGCCUUCUCAGCGACGUCCAAGCGGUUAUUGCCGUUGAGGAGGAUGACGGUCGAAGGACGGAGAUCGGCACGUCGGAUUGUUGAUGCGCUGGGGAGUACUGGUCAAGGGAUGAGUGCAAACGACGCGCUUAAAAAGGCCACGAAAGUGAUUGAAGAUCGCCGAGUGAAGAAUCCCAUUGCCAGCAUUAUCAUUAUAUCCAACGGUCAAGAUGACCGGUCCUAUGUGAACUCGGUUGCUCAGAAACGUUCAUCAAGGAUCGUGUCGUCGACCCGUUUUUCUCACAUGGAAAUUCCUGUGCACUCCAUUAGUCUCGGAAGCAUAAGCGCGUGCAAGAACUCGCCAACUGAGGAUGCAUUGGCCAAGUACGCGAGUGGAUUGUUAAGCGUUGUGGUUCAAGAUCUUAAACUUCAAAUCGGGUUUAUUUCCGGUUCACAUCCUGCAGAAAUAUCAGCUGUUUACUCACUCACCGGUCGGCCCAGUGCAUUUGGACCCGGUUCGGUCCGGCUUGGGGAUCUCCACGCCGAGGAAGAGAGAGAAUUACUCGUAGAAUUGAAAGUGCCAGCUGCUUCAAAUGGGUCCCAGCAUAUAUUAUCGGUACAGUCAUCGUUUAAAGACCCAUUAUCGCAGGAGCCAAUCUUAUCUAAAGAAAAAGCACUGUUAAUGCCCCGCCCCCAAACCGUUCGAUCAUCAGUGCCCAAUAUCCAAUGGCUGAAGGACCUUCACAUCACCACUAGAGCAAUAGCUGAAUCUCAGCGAUUAAUGGAUCAUAAAGAUUUGUCUGGAGCUUAUCAUUUAUUAUCCUCGGCUCGAGCUUUGAUGAUGCAGUCGAGUGACGGCUCCACAAUAGAUCAUUUGCGCAGCUUAGAGGCGGAGCUCGCUGAAGUGCAUAGACGGAGACAGCAGCUGGUGGAGAGCCAAAGGCAGAGAAUUCAACAAUCGGAGGAGAAGCCUGAGCCUAUUACGCCGACAUCGGCGUGGAGAGCAGCGGAGAGAUUGGCUAAAUUGGCGAUUAUGAGAAAGCAUAUGAACAGGGUUAGCGAUUUGCACGGUUUCGAAAAUGCCAGAUUUUGAAUUAUUUUUUUAUUUUCUAUAUUAUGGGAUACACAGAAAUAUUUAAAAAAAAAUAAAAAAAAAUGUAAAAAGAGGGAAAAUGAUUGAGUAAAGCCAGGCCCAUAAUAGAGACAAGAAGUAGCAGACGGCUAGGCCCUUUCUGCAAAGAAAAGAAAAGAUAAUGAGAUGAAAGGGAUUAGGACAGUGAUGCACAUCCUGGUUUGCUUUUGUCUCCAUUGUCCCAAAUUUUUAUUUUGCACCCAAAUGUUUCAUGUAUAUGAAAAUGUAAUUUUAUUUAAAAUUGGUUGCUUAUGUGAA